CAUUGUGUCUGUUUUCCCCUGACUGGGUGAAGAGUCAUGUCCCCAGAGUACAGCUCAGUGGGACUGCUGGCAUGUGGCUAAAGAAUCCCUGCCCUUUAAAACAGAGUGAGGGAUAGGAGAACAGAGUGAAAAGAAAAACAAGACUGGUUGGAAGUGGAUGAAGAAUGACAUGCUGCCUGACACAAAAACAGAACGGGGAAGAGUCACCAAGUGAAGGAGAGAAAAGGAGAAGUGAGGGAGGACCAAUCACAAAACCCUAUCUCUCUCUUUUUACUUCUCACUCUUCUCUUUCCUCCUUAUCUUGUUGCUGUUGUUGAAGAGAGGAGGCAGACAAGGACAGAACCAUGAACCAGGACACGGUGAUGGACACUAAGGCGGUGUUUACUGCUCUGUACAGUGUGUGUGAGGAGAAUGCUACGUUCUUCUCUGAGGGUGCUAAGGGGUCCCAGGGGGGUGCGGCACAGCGACUGGUGGACACCAUGACCCUGAUCCAGGAGCACGCCCGCAGCCUGGAACCUGUCAUCUCCGGCUUUGCUGCUGUCUACCACCACUUUGACUUUGACCCACACAUACCAGCCAAUGGAUACCGCUCUCUAGUCAAGGUGGUGCGCUGCUGCAUUCUCCACAUCAUCCACAAGGGGCGCUACAUCUCCACCAACCGACGCAGCAUCUUCUUUCGGACGGCCCACAACGCAGGGGAGAUGGAGGCCUACUGCUCGGCCCUAUGUCAGCUGAGAGCCCUGCUCUACCUGGCCCAGCGACUGCUGCACGACAACAGCCACGGGAACCUCUUCUUCCACGAGGAGAGCGGCCUCAGCCAGAGCUUCAUCCGGGAGUACUCCUCCAUGCACAAGGGCUGCUUCUACGGACGCUGCCUCGGAUUUCAGUUCACUCCAGCCAUCCGUCCCUGUCUGCAGACCAUAGCCAUCGGCCUGGUGGCUUUCGGAGAGAACUACAGGCGCCACCAGUCAGGCAUUGUGGAGGAAGGAGGUAUUGCACCAUAUGGUGUAGCAGCCAGCUCCUUCUUUACCUCAGGGAAGUACGCCAUCGACCCAGAGUUAAGGGGGGCGGAGUUUGAACGCAUCACUCAGAACCUGGACGUCCACUUCUGGAAGGCCUUCUGGAACAUCACAGAGACUGAGGUUCUAUCUAGUCUAGCCAGUAUGACGUCCACCCAGGUGAAGGUGAACCGUGCCCUCUCAGUGCCCCCUGUGCCCUUUGACCUCCCGCUGGUGGCUGAUCCCCACCUCACUGUCACCAUAGAGGCCCCGUCGGCCCACACCGGCCCUGGCCCCGUACAGAUGAGGCUGAUCUCCUUCGAGCUGAGGGAGGGACAGGACAGUGAGGCGUUGCUGUCCCUGUCUCGUUCUGAGGGUGGUCCUAUCUCCCUGUCUCUGGGAAUGAAGACCAAGCAGAGCCCCCCUUCUCGCUGGCUGCUGGUGCACUACCACGGAGGAGGCUUUGUGGCUCAGACCUCCAAGUCUCACGAGCCGUACCUGAAGAGCUGGUCUCAGGACCUGGGUGUGCCCAUCCUGUCUGUGGACUACUCUCUGGCCCCUGAAGCCCCCUUCCCCAGGGCCCUGGAGGACUGCUUCUAUGCCUACUGCUGGGCCAUCAAGAACCACCAGCUGCUGGGUUGGACGGGGGAGAAUGUCUGUCUAGCCGGUGACAGUGCUGGUGGUAACCUGUGUAUUACAACAUCGAUGCGCGCUGCAUCUCACGGCGUGCGGAUGCCGGAUGGCAUCGUAGCUGCCUACCCUGCCAUCCUGCUCACCGCCUAUGCCUCGCCCUCCCGCCUGCUCACCCUCUUUGACCCCCUACUGCCCCUCAGUGUGCUCUCCAGGUGUCUCAGCGCCUACGCAGGUGAGGAGCCCCAGGCAGAGAAGCAGGUGGAGAAGGUGAGCACUCUGAGCAUGGUGAGAAGAGACACGGCCCUGCUGCUCAGAGACUUCAAACAGGGAGCUUCCAACUGGAUCCACUCCCUACUGGACCCCAACAGAGCCACUGCCACGGCAUCAACAGAUACGUCUUCGUCAGUGAGGAAGAGUGUGUCUGAGGCAUCCAUCAGCUCACCCCACUCGGACCCCCCCGUGCCCCCUGAGCAUCCCUUUGACUUCUCCUUGAGGAGAGAGUCUCUGAAGAGCCACACCUGCCAGGACCUGGCAGGCCACGCCAACAACGCCAACUCCACUCCCGCUGCUGCCCCCACCACUCCUGCCCACAAUGCAAUGGUGUUCCCCGAACCCACGCCUGACAACGUGAGCUUCUUCCUCUCCAAAGAGGAGGCGGUGUCCAUGUCGGAUGCUCUGUCCUCUGUAGCCAUAGCGCCCCCUGAGGGGGAGGAGGGCGUGGUGCUGGAGCACCCUCGGGAGUUCCCCCUGGGCUUCGAACCGCUGCGUUCUGAGCGGCUGGCUGAGAUGAAGCUGGCCACCUCGCCUGUCGUCAGGAACCCCUACAUGUCUCCUCUACUGGCCCCCGACAGCAUGCUGAGAGGACUGCCCCCCAUACACCUAGUGGCCUGUGCGUUAGACCCCAUGCUGGAUGACUCUGUGAUGUUUGCCAAGCGCCUGAGGAACGUAGAUCAGCCAGUCACCCUGUGUGUGGUGGACGACCUCCCCCACGGCUUUCUCAGUCUAUCACAGCUCUCCAGGGAGACUAGGGAAGCGGCUAACGUCUGCGUCAACCGAAUCAGGGACGUCUUUGACCAGAAGGACUCGCCCCAGGAGCCACGCAUGCACCGCAAGCUGGAAAGGACCAAUCAACGCGCUUCCUCUGUCGCCACGGGUGACCCAGAGAAGCUUUUUGCAGCACCCAUUCAAGAGGAGGAGCUGCUGGUGGCCAGGGGAGGGGCUCUAGUUCAAGAUGGGGAGGGGCUAGUUGGUGUGGCAGCACAGAACAACAUAGACAUUGUGGGAUAAAGGCAUGAUCAGGGGUUUGCUAGAUGAGUACCGUUUGUUAAAGGAUUUACAAGAGAUGGAGAUAAGGGGGGGAUUUGGGUGACAUGAAGCCUGGGAGAGGAGAAGAGAAUAGAGUGAAAGAAAAACAGCAGGAGGAGAAUAUGGAGAAGGAGUUGGUAGCGUGCCCAGUUUUGGAGAGACAGAAUAAAGCACCCAUGGAUAGAGAGGAAAGCAAGUACUAAUUGCAACCUCUUCAUCUUUCAAACUCUCAAUUGCUGUUUAGCACCAUGCACGGUGACAUGUUGACCACACACACACUAAACCAUUUUGCCUUUUGGGCUGCUGCAUUGUGCUCGGUGUAGAACUGUGAGUUUGGAGCCUGGACAUUAUAAAACAGCACAGAGCGUUGUGGUGAAUGGUCGAGCUAUCUCCCUAUAGAAGACUAUUCCAGUCCCUAAUCAGAUGAGCUCCUACAUAGUGCCAUCACAACUUAAUGGCCACUUGUUUUUUAGGGAGCUGCUCUAAAUCAAGCUUAAUAACUGUAGAACUAUGAGUUGGUUGUGAAUACUGCUGCUGUUCGGUCACUUACUCUGCUGAUUGGCCCAUCAAUAGGGUGCUGCAGCAUUGGAAACAACAAACUUAGAAACUGGAAGGAUUUGGUAGUACCUUGAAAUUGUUAACCAUAAUAGAUCUUAUUAUGCCAUAGUAUUCCUUGUUAUUUGUAUUUAUUGUGUGUGUAUAUAUUUAUAUAUACUCAUUGUAUUUUAAUUUUAAUCCUGGAUCAUAGUUAUACCUGUUUGUUCAAGGCUUUUAAGAGCAUAUUGUGAGGUGGAUGCUAAGUUAUGUUCCUAGCUGUGUAGUGCCAUAGUCUGUGGCUGCUCAUUCCUAGUUGUUCAAAGUAGCCAAAUGUUAACCUCUCACCGUAGUGACUAGUGGUCAGCUAGUCGUUACCCACCCAACCAGUCACCUCAGUGAGAUGUGGCUGAGGGUUGAUAUUAUUAUAUUCUAGUCUUUAUAUUAUACUGAUAUAUUAUAACUAUCCAAUCAUAAAUAGCUAAUGCAAUAUUAUAGCUGCAUUUUCACCAGUGCAAUCAACAGGAUUCAGUGGAGCCAUAAUUAUAUUGUGCUUGGAUUUAAGUUGGGGGGUAAAGCAUCAAGUCACAGUAAUUGUUGUUUUGAUCAUUUUUAUUGACACACAGUAAUUAAGUCUUAUCAUUUUAAGUUUCUUGUGCUCAGCCUUUGUUUGUUGCCAUCUAAAAGCAAUCACUUAGCUGUCUAUAAACUGACUGCCUUUAGAAGCACAUGUUUUUUAAAAGACUGGAAAUCCUUUCUCUAUUUGCACAGUGAAUAACUUCAAUAAGAAAGCCUGAAGCAGACAGAUGCACUUGCCCAUCUCUUCAUACUAUCUGUACAUCACUGCACUGACUGCCAAAAACUCAGCCCUCUAUCCCAGGAUGCAGUGCAUUACACUGCCACAGCCCUUGAGCCAGGGGACGUCCUGCUUGCUGACCCAUUUCUGCACCUCCGUCCAAAUCACAGAGGAUCCAUUCUGCUCCAACAGCCUGUACCGAGCGAGCAGGAGAAUCUAGAACAAGCCUGAUAGUGAGUUCAUACUCACUGAACAGGUGACUUCUCUAUUUAGAGAAUACCUUUCUGUGUACCUUUAGGACAUUCUACAGUGGCUGACUGACAAUCUGUGUUCUACACUAUCUUUACCCUGUGCAAAUACUCAGGGGCUGAUGCUACAACUACGUUUGGACUGAAUCUGAUAUGAUACUUGAUAUGGCCUCUGUCUAGCUUGUUGAGAAUGAAUGAUUCACAUUGGAGUGAAAGCCUUUAUCUAAAUAUAAAUGACAACAACCUCACUUCUGGUGCUGUCCUUGUCUGGUAGUCACAGGCCUGGGUUGCCAGAUCUGUUGAGAAUUAUGCUGGUUGAGAAGGAUGGCUUUUGGCUGGAUUUAACCCCCUCCCUCACCCCCCAGAAGAGCAGGGUUUAUCCAGCACACGGUCAUGAUCUAGUAUUAUGAUUCACUGUCCUGUUUGCUGCCAUUGCUUAUUGCAGCAUUUUGAGGCAGGCUGAUAGAAAUGAAGAGAGCUGUUAACCUUGAAGGUCUUCAAGGAAUCACUUAUCUUGUUUUUAGAAGUCUUGUGUUUAAUGGUUGAUGGUUUUUAGACGAUCAUCUCACACUUUCUUUGUAAGUUAAGUGUAACUGUGUGUCUGUGUUUAGUGAGGUGUCUGGUAAGUGGAUUCUGUAUGCGUCUAUCAAUGACUCUUAACAUUGCAUGUGUUUGUGAGUGCUUGUGUGGGUGGAACAUCUACCAUCUUUGAAACCAUGAUUGUGUGUUUUUAAUUGCAGCAGUAAAGCAGCAUGUGGGUGUAUGGGGCCAUGAGUUGCAACCCAAGCCCCUGAAUCUCAUGGGUGUUGUACAGUACACUAUUGUUUAGCCAAGCAGGACUUCUGAGAUCCCAUUUAACACUAUGCAUUCUGUCAGCCAUCCAUUGCUAUGAUACAUUACAAGGUCCUUGAUGAAUACAGUUCUCAUUGUGCUCUAGCAACAUAACUGAUCAUGCAUAUUGAGAUUUAGUAGCCUUGCGUCUCCAUUGCCAGAGUAGAUAUCAUAACCCCACACACACACCCAACGAGCACCACUCCAGGCCCUAUGGGAUGCCCUGAAUGGCUCCUAUAGACUACUAGCGCACCCAAUGAGCAAGGCUAGUACAGCCCUCUGAACUAUCUAUGGAACUGUGUAAUGGUGGUUUAGCACCGCUUGGUGGUUUAUGACCAAAUCAUUUUUAUUUGGGUUGUGGCUUUAGACCAGGUCCUGGUCAGAAACAUUGCUCUUGUUUUCUUGGUGGGUCACAAUAAAUUAUUUUAUAUGGGUCACAGUGCAACAACUUUGGGAACCUCUGCAAUAAGCUGCUCUUUUAAUGGCUACCAAUCCUUCACCUGAUCUGAGAGGAGGGCACUGCACAGGAGAAAUCCAUGACAAGGUGCUAGCCCAUUAGUCUCGUGAGGUUACCACCAUCUUGUUUUCACUUUACUAGUCUAGGUUGUCAGGAAAGGGGAGGGGCCAAUUGAGGGCAUUGGAACAUGGUCUCCCCCCACAUGUGGGCAACCACUGUUUCUAUGCCUCAAUUUUUUUUUUACAUUUAUUUAAAAAAAUAAAUGUAAAGUUUUAUCUUUUUAACUAGGCAAGUCAGUUAAGAACAAAUUCUUAUUUUUAAUUACAACCUAGGAACAGUGGGUUAACUGCCUUGUUCAGGGGCGGAACGACAGAUUUUUACUUUGUCAACUCGGGGAUUAAUUCUUGCAACCUUUCGGUUACUAGUCCAAUGCUCUAACCAUUAGGCUCCCUGCCGCCCCUACUUGCCGUUUGAUGCAUCAUGCAUUAGCAAAUCAUGACGUCGGUGAUCUUCAGGUCGGAAAGUCAGAGCUCUAGAAAGAGGCCCAAGAUUCCGAGUUUGAUGAAGGUUCAAAUACAUUUUCAGUCAGAUUGCUUUUUCCUCGAUUUCACAGUUUUGAACGCUCGGAAGUUGGAGAAUUUCUAGUUCCUAGUUGUUUUGGGGAGUGUGAUCCUCAUUUUGGUCUUGAAAUGCAAAAUGGCUGAAGUGGAGUGGCUUUGUGUGUUUUGAUUAUACAUCAUACCUCAACCAUUUCCUUCAUGUAUAGACUAUUUACACUGGAUUCAACAUCUCUUAGCCCUGGGAUAUCUUUAGCUCUAGGCUAACCUGAAACAUGCAGUGUGAAAAGCCUAUUAGUACGUCAACAUAUUAUCUAAAAGCUGUUUAGGUCAAGUACCCGGUCAAAUGUUUCACCACACACAGCUAUGCAGUAACACACCAGCAUCCUUUACUAGAUUUUGUCUCCUGUCUUUGGUGAGCCGUGUCUCCUUUUUCAAUCGAAAAUUUGGUCACUUACUUGGUUGAAAUGCUUUCGAUCAACCCUGAGGCUCGAGUUAUGCAAGGCUAUUUUCCAUUUGGUCAUUUAGCAGACGGCAUACCACUUCGUUUGCCGAGAGCAUUGUGCAAUCUACACAAUCUGAUCACUUGAGAAUACUUGAAUGGAACUGAUCUCGACUGCCUGCUUUGCAGAAUGUGUUCGUCUUGAUAGGAAAUUAUUUUAUUUUCUAUUAUUUUGUCCCACUUGGACCAGGGGUUCUAAAAGUGGCGUCUGUGGAGGUACUGCAGGGCGUCCGCGGCCAGACGACAUUUUCGCCAAUUAUACAUUUUUCAACUCCGACUCCGAUCUUGCAACCUUUCACUUACUAGCCCAACGCUCUAACCACUAGGCUACCUGCCGCCCCAAAUGUUCUUGAAAUGUUCUUACCCCAGGCCAGAGACUUGGAUCGUUCAGCCAUACACUGCAGAAGUCAUGAUAACUCCUUGUUGACUAUUUUUUUUUUAUCUCACUCUAGUUAUGAUUUAUGAGGGGGGUCCUGAUGAAUUUUCUAUCACAAAAGGGCUCCCCUCCCCAGCCCCAAAAAGUUUGCAAAUCCCUGACUUAGACAAUACCACCUGUGUGAUAAAGUGCAUGUUAGAUUAAGGCUUGAAGCAGAACCAAAGAUUGCGUCUAGUUUUAUAUGAUACUUGCUGUCAUUGACAUUAGUAACAGACAUUUUGGCCUAGGUUGAUGUCCGUGCGUCCUGUUAGCUGUGUCAUUGAGAUCUACAUAGUAGUUCUGGGUUUGCACUUUAUGGAACAAGACACUGGUUAAUAUAGAGCUAUUUAAGAUAACUAUAUUUUAUUAAAACCUACACAAAGCCAUAGAAAGUGAAAUGUUUUGAAGUUUACUUUAAUUAGUUAUUUUACAACACCACAAGUGCAUCCAUGUGAAUAAAAGAUUGAAUAUGUAUUACAAAAAGAAAAUACAUUUCCUGUAUAGAUAUUUUAACUUUCACUUGCUUUUCCUCUUUUUGACUCCUGUAAUGACUCUUUACAGGAUUGGUUGAAUGUUUCACAUAUGCAAUAAGUCUUUUGUCUCUUGUAACCCUUGUUUUUCCUGUUCAUUUUUUGUGAAUAAAUAUAUUCUCCCAAA